GAAAGAGGAUUUGUUUUCUCUGAAAUCCGAAGACACGUUUGACAACGAUUUGAACGCAAUCAUUAAGGCGUAUAGGGAUGAAGAGACCGCGCGUCUCACUAGUUUUGAAGUAGAGAAGAGGAAUGAAGAUUUGAGAAUUUCCAGGAGAUGGCUAUCAAAAUUUCAUGAAUUGACCCAAGAACGUGGGAUUUGGUCGUUAGGACGUCAGACAGAUAUUCAUUGGAAGUUGGAUCGAAGGGAAAAUUAUUCACGGAUGCGCCGAAAGUUGACCAUAAAUUAUGACUACGAUGCGCACAGAGAUGCCAGCGCCAAGAGAGAUAAGACUCCCAUCGCGAAUUCCACUUCGAAGUCCAAGAACAUAAAUAUUCAAAGGAUAAAAAAGGCUGCUAUUCCAGAAUCCGGACGCUCUACGACGCCAAUCCUUAAUGCCGUGGAACCCUGGACGGAUUCAUGGGGAUUCACGGGUUCCUCUCUGAUCUCCGAAUCUGAAAGUUUGGAGUCAGAUGAUCAGGAGUGGAAUAUCGUUGACAAUGGUGAAGUGGUGGACACCGUUGAUCUCUCUUCCAAUUCAAAUCUAUUCACUGUAGAGUGCGAGAUGAUAGUACUACUGUCGGUCAUAAAAGGUCGACUUGAGUUGACGUCAACUCACCUAUCGUUUCUGGUGGAUCGGAGGAACCUGUUACAAGAGCUUAAUAAUAUAGAACAAGGAUCUCUAAUAGUAGACAGUGAAAUGUUGAGAGACAAGAAAUGGACAAUUUCGGAAAUUCGUGAAAUUCACAUGAGAAAAUAUUUAUUGAGACGAAGUGCCUUUGAAUUAUUCUUAACGGAUCAAACGAAUUAUUUUUUUAAUUUUCCCGAACCAAAAGAUCGGUUACGAUUGUUUAACAAGAUAACUUCACUGAAGCCUCCGUCGAUGUUAAACCAAGACACUCGAUCGCCUAUCACGAUAUUCCAACGAUCAAAUUUGACUGAGCGGUGGCAGAGGCACGAAAUUUCGAACUUUGAAUACCUUAUGCAUCUCAACAGCAUGGCAGGGCGAUCGUUUAAUGAUUUGACGCAGUAUUUCGUGUUUCCAUGGAUUAUAAGUGAUUACAAGUCGGAAACCUUGGAUCUAUCGGAUCCAAAAAUAUAUCGAGAUCUAUCAAAACCCAUUGGUGCCUUGAAUCCAGUAAGAUUGGAACAAUUUAUUGAUCGAUAUGAAAGUUUUGAUGAUCCGUCGGGGAGAAUAAAGAAGUUUGCAUUAUGGAACUCAUUAUUCGAGCGCAGCGACUGUUGCAUGUUAUCUGAUACGGAUGGAGCCAUUCACUUCGACACAUGGCAGGCGUGCCUUAAUGCUAGCGGGGAUGUGAGAGAAUUGAUACCCGAAUUCUUUUAUUUGCCAGAAUUUUUGACGAACCACAAUGGAUUCGAUCUUGGCGUAAGACAAGACGGUGUUCGGGUUAGUAAUGUCGGGUUGCCAAAAUGGGCAAGCACCCCAGAAGAAUUUAUUCGAAUUCAUCGUGAAGCCUUGGAGUCAGAUUAUCAAACCGGCGAAGAAGCAGUAAAAGCACACAAUGUAUUUUAUUACCUGACCUAUGAAGGCGCCAUAAACAUCGACAACAUACAAGAUCCCGUGGAGAGAAAGAGUAUGGAGCAACAGAUUUAUCAUUUCGGUCAAACCCCCACGCAACUAAUGACCAAACCACAUCCGCAAAGAUUCCCUAGUAAAAAUUUUUUAAAAAAAGAUCUUUUGAAUUCGAACGGUAUGCAUCAAAGAUUUGUUGUAGAAUUGAAAUGCGGGAAAUUGCAAUUUUCCGACUUGCCAAAUCCCGACAGCGUUGAAAAAUUUUCGACAGUUGAUACACAAAGGAUUAUUACGGUCGAUGAGAAUGGAAUAAUAGUGAUUACACCAAGAUGUUUUGCGUGUAGUAAAGAUGGCAAAGUUGUGAUGAGUGCUGGACAUUGGGACAACACAUUCAAGGUUUCCAAUACUGAAACUAGUCGAACAGUCGCGUCAAUAUCCGGACAUGACGAUAUCGUGACAGCAGUGGCAAUUAGCGAGGAUGGGAGAAUUGUUGUAUCUGGAUCGAGGUGUUCAAACUUAUUAUCAUGGAAAGUCAACCUUACACAUGACAAUGAGUUUUUAGAGGUUGAACCAGUUCCGAUGCAAGCAUAUUACGGUCACGACGACGAGAUUAAUUGCAUUGUGGUGAAUGCCGAGCAUGAUAUUUUGAUAAGCGGAUCAAAGGAUAGAACGUGUAUCGUACAUUCAUUGAGAAAUGCAAAUUACAUACGCACUUUACGGCCAAUAGCAGAUGAUGAGUCGAGUAUCGAAUUCGUCUGCAUCACUAAGGACGCAAAUAUUGUUAUAUACACGGAGUUAAAUGAUCAAUACUUUCUCCACACGUACAGCAUUAAUGGAAGACUUCUAAAUUUCGCGAGGAUAAACGAAAAGCUAAAUCACAUGAUUUCGUCAAAUAAGAAGGACCUAAUUGUUACUUCCAGUGAUAGAGGACGAAUUGGUGUUUAUGAUGCGCUCAGUUUGAACUUAUUGCACGAUUAUGAGAUACCACUAAUCG